AUGCUUAAUACAAAAAUAACUCUAUUUACUGGACAUAUUCAAUCUGUUUACUAUCAAAAUAUUUUGAAAAUUAUUAUAUAUUUAAUUCAAUCAUCGAAUAAUGAUGAAACAUUAAUUCAACAACUUCUUUCAUUAACGAUUGAUAAAAUGUCUUUAUUUUUAUCAAGUGCAUUAUUUGAUUGUGUUCUUAAUCCAGUUGCUGCUAAAGUUCAAAGAAAAGUUGUUGUACCAAAUGGUGAAGAUGAAUCAAUAACAACAAGUUCACAUUAUGAUAAUAAAGAUUUAUUUUACGGCGAUAAUGGAGAAAAUUAUAAUUCUAGUUUAUAUUCCGGUGUUACAUUAAGUUAUCAAAAAUCAAAAAAAUAUAUUGAACCAACUGCUGAAAAAUUAGAAAAACAACGAGAAUCAAGAAAACCAAGUGAACAAAUGAAUCCAUUCUAUUUGAAAGAUUCGAAAAAACCAAAAUUGACACAAAGGACUGAAACAACUUUGGAUACUAUAAAUGGUAAUGAUCGUAUUGAAUCAACUUUAUCACAAGGAACAAAUGUUACUAGAAAAAAAUCAAAACCUGAUGAUGAAUCAUCAAAAAAAGGAAAGAAAUCAUCGAAAAAAUCUAAUAUAACAGUAAUCGAUGAUGAUGAUGAUGAUGAUAUUUAUCGAAUUGCUGAAGUAACACGUGGUGGUGAAUUACCAGAAGGUGCUACAGAAAGUGGAAAUGAAGACAAUGAUCAUGAUGUUAUUGUUGGAAAAAAUAAAAAAUAUGAUCCACAUCGAGCACUUAAUAUUGACUUAAGUGAAAAACCUAUUCAAUCGAUUCCUACAUCACCACCACUAUUGACAUCUCAAUUAAAAGAACAUAUUGCAUUUGCUGAUUUGAUGAGUUCGGGUGUAUUGAUAUGUCAAUCACAACUUCGUAUUUCAUCAUCUAAUCAAGACUUUCUAUUGAUGAUUAAUACAAUUUGUCAAUCUUAUCGAUUAACUGUUGUCGAAAAAAUUAAUUCAGCUGCAUCUUUAUAUGCUGAAACAAUUCUUGAACAACCAAUAGCUCUCUUAUUUAAAUCAAUAGUAUGUAUAUUUUGAGAUUUUCAUUAAUAAUCAAACUAAAUAAUUUUUAUUUAUUUAGUUCUAAUCUCAUGAAAGAAAUAAAAACAUCAUUAAAAUAAUUUGUUUUUCUUUUCUCUCUUUCCUUAUUUCAUUUAUUUGUAGUUUUAUUUUUAUUUUUAUUCCAUAGACAAUAUCUAUAUAUAAAGCAAAAAGAAAAAUAACAACUGACAAAUAGUGAUCUUUUAUUUUGUUGCAUCUAUUAUCUUUAUUUACAAAAACAAAUCUCCCUUAUGUAUCAGAUAAUAAGUAUAUUUGAUCUUCUGACAUAUAGAAAAAUAUGUUCUUUGUUUUGUUUUAUUCUGAAUGAUUAUAGUCAAUUCUCAUGUGUAUGCAUAUUAUCUGUUUUUUGAUUUUUUUAUUUGCUAUAAUUCGAACAUUAUAUAUAUAUAUAUUUAUAAAAUGAGAAAAAUUAAUGAUAAACUAUUUAAUCAUUCUCGAUUGGUUUCAAAUGAUUAGAAGAAAGAAAUUUUUCUUUUUCAUGAAACUUAUUAAAUUUCCAAGUGAAAUAAGUACCGAUGAGCUGGAUCAACCGUUAAUUGUCUUGAUCUUGGAUAGAAAAAG